CUCCUCCACUCAACCACUACCACCACUACUCUCUCCCAGCACAACCUCUGCUCAAUCUUACAGAUCUUUGCGACAAAUCUAGACUAACUAGGUCGAGCUAUCGAGACCGCUCUCGUCAAUUAAUAUUGUCGUGCCGACCGGCGCGCUUGUGCCUAGAGGUCUCACUCGCACACCGUCAGAUCGUUUGCGCCAUGCCUUCUUUCCCCGUUGACCCGCUUGUGCGGCCCAGAGAAGAUGAUUUGCAGCUUUGCUACCGACUCCCCCAUCGUAUCCAUGCGGCCAAAGCCUACCCCUUGCGGUCACCCAAUGGCUCUUCGAUCAUCGUUUAUGGCUACGAGACCGGCCUGAAGAUUGUGUGGAGGGGAGGAAAGGAAUUCUCAGCAUUGAAGGAGGCCGCGCCCUCAACGCAUGCGAAAAGCGCAAAGAACGAUGGUGACGAUGCGGUCAUGAUUAUCGACUCCGACGAAGACGAGGCACCCGCGGCCCCUACAUCCACAGAAGAGCCCAGCUAUGACUUUGCUACGGAGGAAUCUGAAGUCGACCCUGCAUUCCCGUUCGAACCGAUCUUGCGUCAGAUUGACAUCCCUUUGGGAAGCCGUGUUCUCGAUGUGGCAGUCCCCCGUCUCCUUCCUGAGGAGGCACGCUCGCCUCUCGACCCGUUCCCGACAGUCGCAAAGGACACAAUUUAUGUGGCGGCAGUCUGCUCAGACCUUUCAACUCGGGUAGUAACUUUACCACUUGUCCCACCUCACCCAGCCCAGAAGGAUUCCAAGAGCUGGAAAAUUCAAAAAGUCACAGUCAACGGAGGCGUCACACACCAGGAUAUCCCGAGGGGUGUCUCUCUCACAUUCACUUGCCAGGAGUCUGAGGACGAGCAAGCUCGCCGAAAGUCACGAAGCCGAGAUGAAUGCUCCGGUAAAUGGGACCUUCUAGUUGCCACACACUCAGCAGAGGGAUCAGGUGCCCUCUUGAUCCAUCGGAUUCCUCUCCAAGAGGAGUCUUCUGGUCAGAGUGUGCUCUACCGGCUGGUAGAAGAGGACCUUGUUUCUCAACGGCGAACCUUGCCCUCACCGGCUCAGACCAUUUCUUUCAAUCCUUCUGCUUACCCUUCGGCUCGUCAUUCGAAUCUAUUGGUGGCCUUCCACAGUGGUUGCGUGAAAGUAUACUCGUGCUUUUCAGUCCAGAAGUCCUCUCCAAAGGGUGGGCGGCGGGGGUCAAAUUCCCAGGAUGAAUACGAAAGUAUUGACACCGAAGGCCGAUGGCUGAUCAGCCUGUACCCCGGCUUCGAGCAAGGGCCGACAGGCCUUAUCCGCCGUAAGACCAUCAUCGAUGCUGACUGGGUCCUCGGUGGACGAGCCGUCAUGGUUCUACUGGCAGAUGGCGAAUGGGGAGUCUGGGAUAUCGAAGGUGCUGGCCCAGGAACGACCAAGGGCCCGCUGCACCGUCAGUCUAAUGUACAAGGUGUGACUGGAGGCUCCUUGACUACAUAUGCGGUCAGUGGACGUAUUGUAGCUCCCUUGACCAACACCCAGUCGGACGCGGAGCAGCGAUCACGAUUUGCCCCGAUGACUCCCUCUACGAGACGAGUUCGUGAAGACACGCUGCUAAAGGGAUCGAUGACCGCCACCAGCCCAUCACUUCGUGGCCAGAUCUCUGUCUGCCAGACCAACGUCUCUCAUGACCUGGCCGACGAAUCGAUUCUGCUACGACAUGGCCAGCACAGUGCAGUGAUUCCAAGCUUGCUUUCUCUCUGGCGUAACGCAGUCAAGGCAACUGGUACCUUUGACGCCUCAAAUCGGUGCCGCGUGACCCCAUUCCCGGUCGUGAACCUGAUGGGAGAGAACUUCCAAGCAAUUGGCCAUCUACCUGCACCGGCCCGUCGCUCUCGAGCCGCCGAGCCUCAGAAAUUCGACGUCCUCGUGGCUGCCGAGCACCAAAUUGUGAUUCUUGCCCCUCGGUUGGUCGAGUCUGAGGAGAUCGUCCCCACAACUCAAGUCGCGAAACAAGAAGUUGAUCUGGAAUCAGACCAGAUGAAGCUGCGCCGAGGUGAACUGGACGUGGAGGGUAUGGGCCGUCUGUUGAACGGCAUGGCCAACGGCACUGGGUCUCUACGCGUGGGUGCCAGCCCGGUGAAGCGAGCUCGCAUCUUCACUUAAUUUGGCAAGGGCAUCGGACACACCAUAGAUGAUACCCAUGCACCAAGGAACGAAAUAUAUUAACCUGUUCUAUUAUUCCUCAACCUAACUAUUUCAUCUUUCACAUAGGAACCAGAUACAUCAUUCGCGCUGUAAGGUGGAGCGCAAGGCGAGGACCAUGCCUUGAAAUUCGCUUCUUCGGAAGUGAAUAAGCUCUGUAUCGGAUGCGAUAUAUCAAACCACCAUCUUCAACGAAGCUUCGUGCUUCACGCCACGGCACAUCUUGUCCUCGCGAUAUACAUGUUAUGUUGCGGCACUCGUGUUUGAUUUCCCGGGUUCACCUGCUCUUGCCCGAUUACCUCCAUGAACCACCGAUCUGUCCUUGGACGAUUACUCACAUCGUGGGCGUGGUUGGUAGUGCGGUGAGACAGGCCGGGAGUUGGAUGCAGUGUGGAUUGGCAUGGAUGGGACAUCAUUUCAAACCUGUUCUUUGAGGCAAGGUUGCUCUAGGUAGAUAUAGGUUGAGGCUUCUCGCAACACCCUAUCUCCCUUUCGGAUGUGAAUAAGAGAGUGU